CUCAAGUGAAGGUAUAAAUGAAGGUGGGUGGGUGUGGGCGGCUCAGUCUCCCUCAGGACGGCGGUGUGGGUUUACGCUCCUCGUCCUCGUCACUACCAUAAUAGUAAAGAUGGCUCGGGGCAGAGGUCGUGGUAGGAAGGCUGCUGCCAAGCGCAAGACUGAUGAUGAUGGAGAACCGCCAGCUAAACUUCAGCGGGAAGACAGUACCAACACCAAGCUUCGGAAAGCUAUACAGGAAGCAAAGAAGUCAGCUAGUCAGCUUAAUAAGCCGAGGAAGAUCAAGCCGGAUCAAGUUCUUCUUAGAUCCUUCACAAAUGCCAGUGUGUAUGAGGACUACGCCUGCAUGCUUAACCAGACCAACAUAGGCAACAACAACAAUAAGUUCUACAUCAUCCAGGUGAAUGAGGAUGCUGGGCGCUACAUCUGCUUCACGCGAUGGGGACGCGUGGGUGAAGAAGGUCAGUCUAACAGUGACUGUUCCAAGGAGGUGGAGGCAGCCAUAAAGUCCUUUAAGAAGAAGUUCAAGGACAAGACCAAGAACGACUGGGACAACCGAGACAACUUCACUCCACACCCCGGAAAAUACACAUUAAUUGAAAUUGAUGAAGAUGAUGAUGAUGAGGAGGAGGAUAAUGAUGCAGUAGAUGGUGUUGAGCCCAGCAGGCAGCUAGUCACCUUCACUGGGUCAUGUUCACUGCCAUAUAGGACACAGCUCAUGAUCAAACUCAUCUUCUCUGAUGACAUGUUCGUCAACCAGAUGUCUCACAUGAAGCUGGACGUGAAGAAAAUGCCGCUGGGAAAGCUCAGUAAGCAGCAGAUUGCUAAGGGACUCGAAGCUCUAAUGGACAUUGAAGAAGCCAUCAAGAAGAACAAGCCACGUAAGGUUCUGAUGGAGUUAUCAUCCAAGUUCUUCACCUUGGUACCACACAACUUUGGUCGCAGUGUACCGCCAGUCAUCGCUGACGACAGUGUGGUACAGGAGAAGAAGGAAGUUAUGUUGACACUAAGUGAUAUUGAACUAACCCAGAGUCUACAGAAGGAUAAGAGCAAGAAGGAUAUACAUCCAUUACUUGAGAAGUAUGAGAUGCUGGAAUGUGUAUUAUCCUUGCUGGAUAAGAAAAGUGAGGAGUUUAAGAUGUUGCAGACGUACUCCACUGCUUGUCCAAACACACGCAAGGGGCCGCUACUUGAUGCUUGGAGAGUUGACCGCAAGGGUGAAAAAACCAGAUUUGCCAGCCAUGAUGACAUCCAGCACCGCAAGUUACUGUGGCACGGCACCAAUGUGGCCGUGGUGGCGGCCAUUCUUAAGGCUGGCCUCAGGAUCAUGCCCCAUUCUGGAGGUCUUGUCGGUCGAGGGAUUUACUUUGCCUCGGAGCAUGCCAAAAGCUCUGGUUACGUUCAACCUCACUGGGGUAGCUUUGAAGGAGAAGAGAUGGUAGGCUUUAUGUUCCUGGUAGAGGUAGCCCUAGGCCGGGAGAAGAGCAUCACCCAGUUUGACAGUAGCCUUACCAGGGCCCCACCAGGCUACGACAGCAUAGUAGGCAGAGGCAGGAAUGAACCAGAUCCCAAGAAGAACAAGACAGUAAUAUUCGAUGGUAAGGAGGUGGUGGUGCCUGUGGGUCGGCCUGUACCACAGCCAGAGUGGACCCAGAGUGGCUUCUUCCAGAGUGAAUACUUAGUGUACAAGGAGAGUCAAGCUUGUAUUAGAUACAUACUUAAGUUCUCCUUCAAGUAGCUACUAACGGCAGCCACCAACUUGAUGUUUCACGGUACAACUUGAGGUGAUGGUACACUAUCUGGAACUUGUUUUAGUAGAUAAUGCACCAUCUGGAACUUGAUUGCCUUUCUACUAAAGGGUCAUUAAGACUGGUUAAUGGGGUUUAAAGUCUAUCUACUACACCAGUCAAGAAUACCUUAAUACCUAAAAUAGUGAUUAAUGUAAAUUACCAAUGUAUAUACACUGAGAUAUACGCCUCUCAGUGUAUAUAUCCUGAGAGAUACAUUCCCUUGGUGUAUAUAGAGAUAUACCCCUUGUUACAUAUACACAUGUAUACACGUGUGUAUAUAUUGAGAUACAUUACCUUGUACAUAUAUACACCUCUCAGUGUAUAUACACCCACUCAGAGUUCUUGUAUAAUAUACAGUUUUUAAGAAUUGUAUGAAAUGUAUCACACAAGUGUGUAUGAAUUUAUAUCAAUAAAUUUCUAUUUCUUGG